AUGGCACGAAUUCGAUUUCCACGCACACCUGCAGUGCUGCUCGCGGCUACAUUGGCAGCCACAUCAUCUGCCAUCGACUUCUCAGGUCAGAAUGACGUCACCCAGACUGCAGGCACAGUAGCGCCCGGAGGCGACACACCAACGACGAAUGCCGCUACUGGAGCGAGCGGCUUCGGGAAUUUCGAUUCUCCGAUGCAGUGGGAGGCCUCGUCCUCUAACAAUGUGCCCACGACUGCUCCCAUGGUCACACCUAGCGGUAGUGGAGGCUGGUCUCAACCAACGAUGCCGGAAACGCCGUCGGUUUAUUCAGCGGGCAGCGGGCAGUCAAGCGGGAGCAGUCAAACUUGGUCUCAGCCUACGACGCCAGAUACCCCUACGGUGUGGACACCAACCAGCGGACAAUCAAGUGGCACUGGUAGUCAGGGGUGGGCGCCUCCGACCUCAAGCGGUAGUGGAAACCAGGGCUGGACGCCACCGACAUCAGGUGGAAGUGGCGAACAGGGCUGGACUCCGCCAACCUCAGGUGGUAGUGAAAACCAGGGCUGGACACCAACAAGUGUUCAAGGAAGCGGAACUGGAGACCAAGGGUGGACGCCGACGGGAAGCGGAAAUGGAGACCAAGGACUGUCGCCUUCAUCCAACGCCGGACCGCCUUCAACCGGUGACUCCAGUGGGUACGACGAUGGAACACUGGGUGUGGAUUGCAGUGGGUCAAGCGAAGGCGGGGUGUCUCCCGGCUAUGAUAUGAGUCUCGAAUGCAGCGGCUCGGACGAAGAUAUGAACCCUGACAACGACUACAGUCUAGAGUGCAGUGGCUCCGACGAGGAGGAACCGUCUGUGUCGACUUCGACGGCAGGCUCGUCAAAUACCACCCCGUCCACGACGACGGCUCCAACCACCUCUAGUGAAUCCGAAGACCAAGGCUCUUCGGACGCGGCUACCUCGGGAGGGAUCGAAGAGCCCACUCCUGCGACGUCGACGGAGUCUAGCGGAACCGGUGACCAAGGCUGGUCGCAGGCGACUCAAAUCUCUUCGGCGUCGUCAUCUAACACUGAAUCGUCCUCAAAUACUGCUCCGUCACCCGAGUCAUCGUCCAACACAGCUCAAUCCUCAGCGACGCAGGAAGGUUCAGAUGCGACACAAGGAGGCUCAGAUGCGACGCAACAAGGAGGUUCGGAUGCGACUCAAACGUCCACCAGCACUGGCAAGCACGCUCCAUUUGGAACAGUGACGUCCAAAUCUGGUGGAUGUGUCAUCGGCGACCCGGACACGAACGCUAUCAGCACCAAGGACGUUAAUUGGAUUUUUGAGAAUCGCAUGGGCGUGAACCAGACGAACAACAAGAACUGGAUCUUCGACCACAUUGUGAAGGGCAAAGGCACCCUCAACUACUGUGUGCGAUGGGAUAGUACGCAGAAACUUUCCAAGACCGUGGCCUCCCAGUUCAAGGCCAUGCUGGAGCGUCAAUACGCAGAAUGGAACCGUUGGUUGAUCGGCUAUGGCUGCUGGCCGUACGAUGAGAUUAAGGUCAACAUGGUUGGCUUUGCCGUCAAGGAUGCGUCCCUGCUAGACUGGAAGGAUGACUCGCUCGGUACGAUCUACGCUGGUGAUCUGGACGCCGAGGGAGUUCCACAGUGUCCUCAAACCUGUUACAAUUUCUUUGACAACGGCCCUAAAACCUGGUCGGACACGAGCGCAUGCAAGGGUGAGCCAUUCGAUUUGUCGUUAUGGCCGAAGCAGGGCCUCGAAGGAGGUUUUGGUUACGAUUGGGGACAGGAAGUCAACCUCGAAAACAUGCUGCAGACUCUUGACCAGGAGAUUCUUCACAUUGUAUGCCACGAAAUUGGCCACGGUUUUGGACUUCCUGACUUCUACUCGGACGCUGAGAAGCCUUCGAAGGAUAUGGGUCCUGCGAUUAUGAUGGCUGGUAGCUCGAUGACUGUCACGGAUAUUGACGGCUGGAUGCUGCGUCGCGGGUACGAGAGCGUCAGAGAUCGCUACAGCUUCAAGUAAAUGCAGUUAUCGCGUCGUGUAAGUGGAGCAAUGUGUGUCGUUUAGUUUUCCAGCUCGCAUUGGUACGAGCAUGCAGCGUUUCGUUGUUAAAAUAUAACAGAAGCUGUCUUGACCGCUUUAUAAAGCGCAUUCCUACAA